AUGGUAUUGGAUGGCCUGAAAUACCUUGUAACUGUUGAUUACUUUUCGAAAUUCAUCGAGGUAAACAAUGUGUCAGAUGAAAAGUCAGCAACUGUAAUCAACGUUUUGAAGCAGCAGUUUGCCAGAUAUGGCAUUCCUGAAGAAAUUAUCAGUGACAAUGGCCAAGAGUUCGCGAGUUAUGAGUUCAAGUCCUUUUCGCGAGCAUACCACAUCGAACACACUACUUCGUCUCCGAGAUACCCACAAAGCAAUGGACUCGCAAAACGUUCUGUUCAAACUGUGAAACGACUAUUCAAAAAGGCCCGAGACGACGGCAAGGACCCCUAUUUGGCCCUUAUGGAACUGAGGAAUAUCCCGAUAACUGGUAUAGAACUCUCACCAUCACAGCUGCUCUUAGGCAGGGCUACAAGGACAACGCUACCUGCUAAGCGGACUCAGUUAAACCCAUUAGGUUUCGAACCUUGUGCCAUCAAGUCAUCUUUGGAGGAGCAGAAAGCACGCCAGAAG